GCCAGUCGAGCGCGGCCGGCCAGCGAGCGGUGUGUUGCCGAAGGUGGCGGGCGACUGGCCUGGCUCAGCUGGCUGUAGAAGAGAUCGACAUUGCACCAUGUGCUGUCAUACCAGGCACACCCUUCCUUAUCCCGGCCCGCUGCCGCACCCUCACACUCCGCCGCCACUGCUGACUCGAACAACACACCCUUCUACACAAGCCUAGCGUGUGACAGAACAUUUCCUAGGAGUAUACAUAUAGCGAACGAAUCCCACUUCAAGGCAUAGACAAGAGGCGGGGCGAGUGCUGACAUGUAAGCGAAAGGCAGGGAUACUAGUAUGGUGCUGCAAGCCGCCCAGCUUCGAAGAAACGAAGCUGCGAAGCACACCCCGCCUCAGAAGUGGACGACGAUGGUCGCGAUGUACAACAACGACAUGGAGGGAGCACACGGACGCCCUUCCGACGAGGACAUCCCCGAGCGCGACGUGCCUCCCUCGGUCUACGUCGCCGAAGACGAAGGACCAGCGAAGAGCGGUGGCCACGGCAGGGGCGAUUCUGGCCACGGGGCGGCGAUGGCCAGGGCGGAGGAGGGCGCGGACCACCCCAGGAACCCUACUGACGAAGACUCGACCUCGUAUAGCGGCGCGACGGGUAGCAGUGAGGGCUUGGGGCACCGCGGUGGGGAGGACGACGCCGCCGGCUUCGUCGAGGGCGCUGCCGCAACAGGGGCGAGCGAACGAACAGCCGCGAAUUCUGAAGCGGAACCCCCGCCGGGACACAACAGUGAUGACAGUGCGUCUGAUGACACUAUCAGGGGGGCUGAGGACGGUGCUGCCAAGGGGAAUGAUGGAGAUGAAAACAAGGAAAACGUUGACAAUACUCUCAAGGAAAGUGACGAGGAGAGCGACACGGAGGGCAGCGAGGACGAGGAUGCGGCCAGGGACGAUGAAGGAGUUGAAUGGCUGCUGAAGAUCGACGACUUAGAGUUGUAUAAGAAGGCCAUGGUCCCGGAGCAUUUCUACCUCCGGAUCAGCAGUCCGAAAGUCCUGACUGAGGAUCAGUUACGCCUGGCCCUCGACCGACUCCUCGGGGAACUGAAGUGGCUGCGCCUCGGCUUGAAGCACCGACAGGGCGACUGCUGGAUCUGUUAUCUGCCGAAGGCCACGAUGCAGGUUCGGAUCUGCAAUGACGACAGCCUGGGUUACAUCAUGGAGGAGCCCCAACGCUCGCACUACUACCUACAUAAUGACCUUCUUUGCACUGUCCACAUCCUUGCUGAUCCUCAAGUGCCCAGAACUCGGGGUCGAAGAAGAGGCAAGAAAGCGAACAAUAAUAGUGCCGACAAAGGUGACAGUGCUAACAUGCACAAUAGAAACCCCAUAUGUGAUUACAAAUACCUCCUCCUCCUGGCUGGUCCUCCGCCUCUCCUAAACGAAGCUUCCGGUAGACUUAUCAGUGACACCUUUGUAAAACACCUUAAUGAUGCCAUAGAAGAGUCUGUUGCACAAGAACCGGCCGGACAAAGCCCCGGUUCCAGCACUGGUAGUGGGACGGAUGCUAACUUGGACUCGCCCAGUGUUGCUCAAAAUCCCUCUGGUCUGGAUACUCUUAAUAACGCUGGAGGUUCCACCGCUUCUGGAAUUUCCUCUGAUAACGGUAGUUCUGAAGUUUCCGCUGCCUCCGGAAUUUCCUCUGAAAAAGGUAGUUCUGAAGUUUCUGUGAUCACUCCUUUUGUUGAUGAGAGUCCUAAUGGCGGUGUCAGCAAUAACGGUAGUUCUGAAGUCUCUGCUGCUUCUGGAAAUUCCUCUGAUAAAGGUAGUUCUGAGGUUUCUGUGAGUACUUCUGGAGUUCCCACUGCUUCUGGAAAUUCCUCUGACAAAGGUAGUUCUGAGGUUUCUGUGAGUACUUCUGGAGUUCCCACUGCUUCUGGAAUAUCCUCUGACAAAGGUAGUUCUGAGGUUUCUGUGAACACUCUUGGAAUUCCCACUGUCUCUGGAACUACCUCUGAUAAAGGUAGUUCUGAAGUUUCUGUGAGCACUUCUGGAGUUCCCACUGCUUCUGGAAAUUCCUCUGAUAAAGGUAGUUCUGAGGUUUCUGUGAGUACUUCUGGAGUUCCCACUGCUUCUGGAAAUUCCUCUGAUAAAGGUAGUUCUGAGGUUUCUGUGAGUACUUCUGGAGUUCCCACUGCUUCUGGAAAUUCCUCUGAUAAAGGUAGUUCUGAGGUUUCUGUGAGUACUUCUGGAGUUCCCACUGCUUCUGGAAAUUCCUCUGACAAAGGUAGUUCUGAGGUUUCUGUGAGUACUUCUGGAGUUCCCACUGCUUCUGGAAUAUCCUCUGACAAAGGUAGUUCUGAGGUUUCUUUGAGUACUUCUGGAGUUCCCACUGCUUCUGGAAUAUCCUCUGUCAAAGGUAGUUCUGAGGUUUCUGUGAACACUCUUGGAAUUCCCACUGUCUCUGGAACUACCUCUGAUAAAGGUAGUUCUGAAGUUUCUGUGAGCACUUCUUUUGGUACUGAAAGUCCUAAGGAAGGUGUCAGCAAUACUGAAGUCCCCAGUGCGACUGGUGAGAGUUCUGCUGAUGCUGAUAGUGUUUUUAAACAAGAUGAAAAUAAUCCCAGUGAUACUGAAGUUUGCUCAGGUACCGAAAGCGUUAAUGUUAGCUUAGAUAUCGGCAGUGCUACGGGUGCUUGCUCAAAUAAUGGUGAUAAAUCAGAAAUAUCUUUAAACGAAAUACAACACAUUAAGACUUUUCUUAGUGAAUUUAAGAAGGAUGUCAGUAACAACGAUCUGAGAUUUGGUGGAGAAAAUGGUGAAGAAAAUGAGGACGACGAUACGUACGGGGGUGUUCGUAAAUCCCUAGAUUCGUGUGUUAGCAAGAAUUUCUUAAAUAGGUGUAAAGCAGGACGUGUCAGCUAUUUCAAUGCUUUUGUAGCGUGCGUGAAUGCGGCCGCCAUCAAGCUUUUGGUUGAAGCCGGGCUAGAGCCUGACCGAGAGGUCGUGCUUUUCCAUAAAGUGAACGUACGCUUCCCCUGGCCUCGCCAGGAAUGGUGGACGGACAGAGACGAUGACGGCAACGAAGCCGAUGGCGACGACGAGGACGACGACGAUGAAUAUUCGUCCGGCCAAGAAAGGUCAGCUAUUAAAGUGAGCACAGUUCCCAGCUCAUGGCAGAAUUACUUCUGGAAAACAGCCCAAACAGUAAACAGCAACCAGUGGGAAGCAGCAGAAAUAGAGAAGCCUGAAGUGCCAAGGAAGAUAAGACCUCCGAACGAGGAGGAAGUGGGCGAACAAGACGAAGGCCCCUGCGCCGCUGAUAUUCAUUUAUCCGUCCCGAACAUAACCGAGAUCUUCGAGUUUAGUGCACAGAGGCAGCUCUUCAAAGUAACUACCAUUAGGAAGCUGACGUUCGUUCACCAAUUCCUCAUGACCUUCAACAUCAACCUAUAUAUUGACGCCGAGAGUGGAAAUCUCGGUUUCUACCUCAAUCAUUCUACGGUGUUUAAUUCUAGGGCCGUAAAGAUCAGAUUUGCCAAACUCAUUUUGGCAGUUCUGAAAAGGUCCUUGCAGUUAUGA